AUGAGAAAGUUUUCCUAUGCUUUUGCGUUAUUGACAGUAUUACAUUUUUGUAAAUUAUUAUUUCAUGAUUCUAUAGAUUCGGAAAUGAGUCAGUGGAGCGAUUUGAUGGCAGUGGAAACAGCUCAAACAUUUGUCUUGUCAAAUUAUCCACUUGUUGGAUCGAUAUUGAAUUUAGUAUUUGUCAAAUUAUUAAUCUUGAUCAUGACAUUCACUUUGUGUUAUCAAUAUUACAACAAGACUAAUACUGAAAAUAUGAAACGACUCAAUUUUAUCUAUUAUGCAACAAGUGUUGACAUUUUCUUCUUCAUGUUACAUGUUGUUUUCUUCUUGUGGAGAGAAUAUUACACUAACAAUGAUGGAUUAUUCAUGUUUUCUGAUCCACUGUUUAAUAGUGUGACAUAUGUUGGAUGGAUCAUUGUUUCCCUUUUCUAUAUUUGUUACUCUCAUGCAUCAAAGGAAUUAUCUUUGAAUAUUUUAAUUAAAACUGAAUUAAUACCUUCAAUUGAGGAAGAUCAAUACAAUAAGGAUGUUUUAUAA